CUAUCUCAAAGGCUCAAGUGAUGGAGCGCACAAAAGCAAUUGCUGAAAUUUCUCAAGGCACGCAAGCAUGUGAAGGAGAUUUCCUGGGGGUGUCCGAUUUGGCCGGCCUUGUUGUCGGAAGGCUACUCGGACAGUGAUGAUUUGACGGCGUCAUUGGUUGUUAGAACCUCGCAAACGCCACUGGCAAUGUCGGGGGACCUGCCCUUCUUGCUGUCAAUGACCGCAUCGCCAAACAUCCUUGCGAACCAAUAUACAAGAGAAUGAAGCACGAUUACUCCAUGAUACUACCACUGAUUUCUUUCCGCUGAUCUUCGCUUUUUGCUUCUCCACCGCUGAAGAUGUCUACCAGAUUCUGGUAUUGGGUAGCACUUGUCCAAGUGCUUCUCUUGGCCGUGCAAGUCCAAGCGACACCUUUCUCCCUGGCGAUGGUCGAACGAUCCUCCCAUAACGCUGUUUCGCGGACCGUCAAGCAGGAAUGUCAUACGAACGCAGAAUGCCUCGCAGCUGGAUUACCCUUGUUGAAACCUUCCCCUCGUCGAAUGGCUCGUCGUGGCAGCAACACCUUCGCAGCGACUAUGCCUAUAGUCGCUGUACCAGCUGGAGGACCAGCACCGAAUGCGUCCCCAGUGAAACGUAGCUCGAUAAUGGAACGUGCUCAAAAGAGGAGUUAUGGAGCACCACCUGCAAAUUCAUUUGGCUACCUAAGUGCCAUAACUGGGAACUCCGCUACUGCGUCAACAACAACGCAGGACAUUACUGAAGCGAUUCAAGUCAGUUUUGAUACAACAACCUCGGGGGUCCAACUGCUCGAGGUCGUGGGGGGUUCAGUCACACAGUAUCUAUGUAUGACAGCUACUGAGCCUGAAAUCGACACCGAAGACAACACAAUGGAUCUGACAUCUUUUACUAGAACUGUUAUCGCAUACUGCGAUCAAGCAGGUCAACCUAACGCAUAUCCCGCCGAUACCAGUAUAAGUAAUAGCCCUGCGACCUGGGCAGCCGAGUCAUACAUCUGGAGUGUCGAUACUCAAUCAGGCUUGCUCUCAGCCUACUGGACGAAUCCGGAAGGGACGAGUCCAGCCGGUAUCUACCUUCAGCCUGCGUUUUAUGGCGACCAAACAAGCGGCUCUAUUGGCACUUACAUGUUCACGGGGAGCUACACCAACUACAACGACCAAGAGGGUGGCGAUCUUUCGCCGAUGGAUCUUUACGUGCUGUUCCCGCCAAGUUAACAGCCUCAAGACCUCGAAUCGGCUGGGGUGUACGCUACCGCUUGGCAACUGCCAUUCAAAGCGGUCGCAAGCCUCCCAUGGGUGAUAUUGACAGUCUUGGAGAAACGAUGGAACGUAUGCAAGGCUAUGAGAACGGACAGUAGCGUCGUCUUCUUUUUAAUUUAUGUUGGGACCUCAUUGCAUUCUUUCGUGCUUGUUUC